AUGCAGAAAGGAUCGUCAUUCGGAUUGAGGAAAGGUUCGUGGACGGAAGAGGAAGAUGUUCUCUUGAGGAGCUGUGUCCUGAGGUACGGAGAAGGAGAGUGGUAUCGAGUUCCUCAGAGAGCAGGUUUGAAUAGGUGCAGGAAGAGCUGCAGAUUGAGGUGGUUGAACUAUCUGAAGCCCAACAUUAAGAGAGGGAAAUUCCAAGAUGAUGAGGUCGAUAUGAUCAUCAGGCUUCACAAACUUCUUGGGAACAGGUGGUCCCUAAUUGCUGGGAGACUCCCGGGUCGAACUGCGAAUGACGUGAAGAACUAUUGGAACACCCAUCUACGGAAAUUGAUGACUUGCCAAGGAAAGCCGGAGAACGAGAAACCCCAAGAUUUGGUAAAAGUUGAAGUCAUAAGGCCUCGCCCUCGGACAAUCUCCAAGACGAACACAUGCAUCCAAUGUCUCUAUGGUGAGAUUCGUCAUUAUCUCUCUCUAUGA